UGUAACCAAUACCGUGGUGGCGCAGUACUGCAGACUACUUCUACUGACUGCCAGCUACCAGUAGUUCAGCAGUUCGAUCCUGACUGGCUCCAGGUUGACUCAGCCUUCCAUCCUUCCGAGAACCUAGCCCUGCUUGAAAAUAUAAAGGUGCAUAGCGUAAUGUCCAUGCUGUGCUACACUCUGAUUAUAGCAUUUCUGAUUGGCAUAUGGGCAGCACCAAAAUCUGAAGAUAAUGUCCCUCUGGGGUCCCCUGCAACAUCUGACCUUUCUGACACCAGCUGUGCUAAAACUCAUGAAGCUCUGAAAACAUCUCGAAACACAGAUCAGCACUAUCCUGCUCCUAAAAAGGCAGAGGAUCAAGAAUUUGGGUCAGCAGCAAAUAUCAUUGUGGAUCCAAAGCUUUUUCAGAAGAGGCGGUUCCAGUCACCUCGUGUUUUGUUCAGCACUCAGCCCCCACCAUUGUCAAGAGAUGAGCAAAGUGUGGACAAUGCAAACUCUCUUAAUAGGAAUAUCCGGGCCAAACGUGAAGAUCAUCCUGUGCAUAAACGAGGGGAAUAUUCUGUGUGUGACAGUGUCAAUGUCUGGGUUGCCAACAAAACCACAGCAACGGACAUCAGAGGCAAUCUGGUGACUGUGAUGGUGGAUGUAAACAUUAAUAACAAUGUCUACAAGCAGUACUUUUUUGAGACCAAGUGUAGAAAUCCAAACCCAGUACCAACUGGGUGCAGGGGCAUUGAUGCCAGGCAUUGGAAUUCGUAUUGCACCACAACAAACACAUUUGUCAAGGCAUUAACCAUGGAAGGCAAUCAGGCAUCCUGGCGCUUCAUUCGGAUUGACAGUGCCUGUGUGUGUGUAAUCAGUAGAAAAAAUGAGAACUUUGGAUAAACCAUUGAUUGCUCCAAUACUCACUUUCUCCCCACCCCCUACCUCAGCCUGUAAAUUAUUUUAAAUUAUGAGGGCUCUAUGAUAUAUUUAUAGUUUAUACAAUGAAAUAAACAAAUCAUCAUAAUUUAUUAAAUCCUUUUGAAAACUGAA